CACAAAUAAGACUCUGAUAUAUUUAUUAAGAUUUAAAACUAGCUGUUAACAAAACAAAAUUGAUUUUAAGUGAAAAAGUUAUUUUAAUAAGGUUGUAACUGCUGCCUCCGCUUGGCGAGUAAGCUAAUUUUGUGGAAAAAUGGUUUUUGUAAAUACGCUAGCUCUGCAACAGAAAAUGGCAACUCAGGAAAUUGAAGGAGGUGCAGCUCGCCCGAAAUUCACUUCAACAACUAUUAAGCGCCAAAUUACAUAUGUAUAGAAAUGCUUUCAACUUUAAGCGAAUCAACGUUUUAAAGCGCACUCUUUUAGUGUAUUAACAACAGAGUAGAAUUAAAAUAAAUUUUCAGCAAUGGAAUCACCCAGUUCAGCUACCGCUUCAGCUGCUGCUGCCGCAGCUGCCGCAAAGCGUGUGCAAAUUGAAAAGGCGCAUAAUUUCAUGCGUCAAUAUCGUGAUCCAGAAUCGCGUGAAUUGAAGAAAUUAUCAGCUAAUCAAUUCAUGGAUGUGUGGGCACAUUACGAUAAAGAUGGCAAUGGCUAUAUUGAAGGCACAGAGUUGGAUGGCUUCCUGCGUGAAUUCGUAUCGAGUGCAAAUGCCACAGAUAUCAGUCCAGAGGCUGUCACCGAUACAAUGCUUGAAGAGCUAAAAUCCUGUUUCAUGGAAGCUUACGAUGAUAAUCAAGAUGGAAAAAUCGACAUUAGAGAGCUCGCACAACUUUUGCCAAUGGAGGAGAAUUUCCUUUUGCUCUUCCGUUUCGAUAAUCCACUGGAAUCGAGUGUUGAAUUCAUGAAGAUUUGGCGUGAAUACGACACUGAUAAUUCCGGUUAUAUUGAAGCUGAUGAGCUGAAAAACUUUUUACGCGAUUUACUUAAGGAGGCUAAGAAAAUUAAUGAUGUUUCGGAGGAUAAAUUAAUUGAAUAUACCGAUACAAUGUUACAAGUUUUCGAUGCCAACAAGGAUGGACGUCUGCAACUCUCCGAAAUGGCCAAAUUGCUUCCGGUUAAAGAGAAUUUCCUCUGUCGUCAGGUUUUCAAGGAAGGUAUUGAAGGUGCCGCUAAGCUGACAAAGGAGGACAUCGAAAAAGUUUUCUCCCUCUACGAUCGGGAUAACAGUGGCUCAAUAGAAAACGAAGAGCUAAAAGGAUUUCUUAAGGAUCUGCUGGAAUUAGUGAAGAAGGAUGACUAUGAUGCACAGGAUUUAAAGGCUUUCGAAGAAACCAUCUUGCGUGGCGUCGGUUACGACAAGGAUGGUAAAAUCUCACGCAAAGAACUGACAAUGAUAUUGCUGACAUUGGCUAAAAUGCCACCAGAGGAUGAGCAAUAAGCUGUUGUUGGUAUUGCAUAUACAAAAAAAAAUGAAAAAAUUAAAAAUUGUACUUUUACUCCUAAAGUAUUUAAGUCAUAUGAAUGUAAGCAGCAUGUGCAAAUUAUUUAAAGCGAAAUGCAGAAAUUUUGUAGUUUAAGCGAAGUUAAAACUGAAAUAUAUAUGAAGAAUGAAAAAUGUAUUAAACAGCAGGAAAAAAAAACAAAAAAAUAGACAAACCAAAUGCAAACAUAACCACACUUUUUUGACAGUUGAUAAUGUGUGGUAUGGCAACAUAAAGCAAGGAAAACGUUAAAUAAAAA